AUGGCAACGACGACGCGUUUGAUCCUGUUGGUGAUUACCGUGUCUCUGCUGGUGCUACAGGUCGCCGCCGUGCCGGCGGCGGCAGCGCUGGGUGGCGGCGUUACGCUGCAUGUGGAUCGUAAACAGGUGAUGGUGGACAACGGCGUGGUGCAGCUGACCUUGUCGAGGCCUGCGGGGCGAAUCACCGGCGUCCGCUACGGCGGGGAAGGAAACCUGUUGCACUACUCCAAGGGCAAGGGGGGCAAAAACACAGGCGGCUACUGGGAUAUGGUCUGGAACAUCCCCGGGGCUCAGCAAGGACUCUCCACCACGCUUGAUGGCUCGGAGUUCAGGGUGGUGACCCAAACCGAAGAGCAGGUGGAGCUGUCCUUCAGGAGCACCUACGACCCCGCACGCGGCAACGGCGUGCGGCUCAACAUCGACAAGAGGUUCGUGGUGCUCAAGGGCAGCUCCGGGUUCUAUACCUACGCCAUCCUGGAGCACGCCGCGGACACGCCCGCCAUAGACAUCAGCCUCGCCCGCAUCGCCUUCAAGCUCAACACCGAGAGGUUCAACUACAUGGCCGUCUCCGACGGCAUCCAGAGGUACAUGCCCAGGGACAGCGAUAGGGAAGCGCCUCGCAGCUCGCCGCUCGCCUACAGGGAGGCAGUGCUGCUCGUCGACCCCUCGGACCCGCAGUUCAAGGGGGAGGUGGACGACAAGUACCAGUACACCUUGGACAGCAAGGACAACAGGGUGCACGGCUGGGUCAGCAGCGGCCACCCCAACCCCAUCGGCUUCUGGCUCGUCACCCCCAGCAACGAGUUCAAGAGCGGCGGGCCACUCAAGAGGGACCUCACCUCCCACGUCGGACCCACCUGCCUCAGCGUGUUUCAUGGAUCACACUACGUCGGAGACGACAUCGCGGCACGCAUCAAGGACGGCGAGUACUGGAAGAAAGUCAUGGGGCCCGUCUUCGUCUACCUCAACUCCAACCCGCCCAAGGGUGACCCGCGGGCGCUCUGGGAGGACGCCAAGGCGGCGGCGGAAGCCGAGGCGGCCAAGUGGCCCUACAGCUUCCCGGAAUCGCCUGAUUUCCACAAGGCCGGCGAAAGAGCCUCCGUCACCGGCAGAUUACUGGUCACAGACAGUCACGUGAACAUGCCUGCUCGGGCAGCUUACGUUGGCCUCGCCGCUCCUGGGCAGCCGGGCUCCUGGGCCACGGAGAGCAAGGGCUACCAGUUCUGGACCAGGGCGUCCAACACUUCCGGCGAGUUCAGCAUCGACAAUGUCCGGGCAGGAGACUACAACCUCUACGCGUGGGUCCCUGGAGUCCUCGGAGACUACAUGCACACCACACGUGUAACGGUCACACCCGGUCAUGCAAUCAACCUUGGCGAUCUUGUGUUCGAGCCUCCGAGAUCCGGACCGACGCUGUGGGAGAUCGGUGUUCCUGAUAGGAGCGCGGCGGAGAUGUUUAUCCCCGACACCGACCCCAAAUACCCCACCAACAAGCUCUUCCUCAACAAUGACAAGUACAGGCAAUAUGGUCUAUGGGAGAGGUACGCCGAGCUGUACCCGACAGACGAUCCCGUCUACACCGUCGGCGAAAGCCAUCACUCCAAGGACUGGUUCUUCGCGCAUGUCACAAGAAAGGUGGGCGACAGCAUUGUACCAACAACGCGGCAGAUACAGUUUCACCUCGAUCAUGUGGUGCCAGACGGAACCUACACCUUGCGCGUUGCUCUUGCGGCCGCUCACAUGUCCAGAUUACAGGUCCAGGUGAACGGAGCGGCGAGACGUGGUGCGGGAACCUUUGGGACGCCGGCGUUCGGCGACGGCAACGCGAUCGCCCGGCAUGGCGACCACGGCACGCAGUGGAGCUUCGAGUUCCCAAUCAGGGGGAGCCUGCUCCGGCAAGGCGACAACGCCAUCCAAAUCACGCAGACGAGAGCACUCAGCAUCUUCUUCGGGGUCAUGUACGACUACAUACGGUUAGAAGGACCUGCCGGUUCUCGCUAG